GAGUUGUUUUGUUUGACGCAUCGCCAUUUUUCCUAGACGACAUUUCCAAUAUUCAAUUAUACGACGUCUUUGCUAUUUUUCCCGAACAAUAUUUCCCAACAAUACUUCAAUUGUAUUCGAGUCGUUUGACAUAAAGUUAUUUUCCUAGACAAUAAAAGAAGAAUUCAAUUGUACGACGUCCUGCUGUUUUUCAGAUAGUAAAGUAACAGUUCAGUUUUUAGUAAGACAGUUUUUAUUUGACGUAUAUAGCUACUUUUCCCAAGCAAUGAAACAACAAUUCGGUUGUAUGACAUUGACGUAUCGCCAUUUAUCCCAGACAAUGAAACACCGAUUCGAUUAAUACUUCAGUUGUUUGACGUAUUGCUACUUUUCCCAGACAAAAGAAAGAACAGUUCAAUCGUACUCGACGUUCGUAUUGAUUGUCCAUCCACUUUUCCAUCCAGAGAAUGGCAGAACGACUCGAGUUGUACUCGAGUUGUUUGACAUUCACGCAACAAUUACUUUUUCCCAAAGAAUGACAGAUCGAGUUGUCUGGCAUUCACGUAUCUAUUUCUUUUUCCCAGAGAAUGGCAGAGAUCGAUUCCCCUACAUUCGAGUUGUCAUAUCGAACUGUAUCGACAAUAUAUGUACAGUUUUGAGUGUACUAGUUACAUGUUAAAAGAAGAACAAUUGGAUACAGUGUCUUCUCAUUGAAGGCCUGGAGUUUGAGGCUGAGACUAGCUCGUUGAACAUUGGGUCUUGAACAGAGGGACACGAUAUACAGGAUCACGAAGAGGAGAGAUGGACUCGCUGGAGCGGUUGAUAAGCUCCGGAUCGCACCAGCCAGCCCUGACGGCAGCCACGCGGUCACAGAACGCCUUCGUCCAGGCCAACCUUUGCUCUGUGAUCGGACGUAAAGGCCGUCACCUGACUGGCACGUUUUGCUUAACGGGGGACACGAUGGAGGGCAUCAUACAGUGUCUGGUGUUCCUGAAAGCGUUUUCGCUGGUGGGCGGCGAAUUCGACAUGGAACUGAACUUCGUGAUUCAGGACGCACAGAACAUCAGGCAUAUGCUGGAAUUGCUCGAUCAUUGCCCGCCCAAUCUCCAGGCCGAGAUAUGGAGCGUGUUCAUCGCCAUUUUGAGGAAGAGCGUGCGGAAUCUACAAGCGUGUACAGACGUAAGCCUGAUCGAACACGUGCUGCUUCGAUUGUCCCGCGCGGAAACUGUCGUCGCAGAUCUAUUAAUCGACAUGCUUGGGGUGUUGGCCAGCUACAGCAUAACGGUGAAGGAGCUGAAACUUUUAUUCGGUGCUAUGAAAGCUGUAAAAGGGAAAUGGCCACGACAUUCGGCGAAACUGUUAAACGUGCUCCGUCAGAUGCCGCAACGGAACGGACCCGAUGUGUUUUUUAGUUUCCCCGGUAGAAAGGGAUCGGCAAUCGUUCUGCCGCCGCUCGCAAAAUGGCCACACGAGAAUGGUUUCACGUUUACCACAUGGUUCCGUCUGGACCCCAUCAACUCCGUUAAUAUCGAACGAGAAAAGCCGUACCUCUACUGGUAAGUGCUCUUACAUCAAGCC